UUGGAGCCCAGAAGAAAUUCGUUGUUCUCAUUGGACGAUGUAGUCACCGCCCAAACAAUCCCGGAAAGAGAUAUCAGAGUGGAUUUUCUCAGGGAGCCUGGAUCCUACUAAAACAGGAUCUCCGUCUACCUCUUGUGCCUACAAACUUCUCCCCUUCUCCCUAAACACACACGAGAGAAAUCUCAUCUCUCUCAGCCCUUUGAGGCCGGGGGCGGAGGAAGGUCCAUUAAUAAAACAAAACGGGGCUGGGGAUUUAGCUCAGUGGUUCUGCUGCCUGCCUCGCAAGCGCAAGGUCCCGAGUUUAGUCCACAGUACCAAAAAACCCCCAAAACAAAGCAUAUUCCCGAACCACAUACACACACACAGAGCCUGAAGUGCUUCCAAAAUGCCUCAGUUCACCAAUAUACGACCUUCAGACCCUUGUUUCUUACUACGCCUGCCUCUGGCCACCGACGGGAACCCUUCUAUUCGGUCCCCUGGAGACGCAGAGACGCAGCCCUGGAUGGGGUUCGGGCUGUAACAGCUUAAACACAGAAGAGGGAGUAUGAGUCAAGCAUUUGAAGAAGGGAAGGGCGAGAAGGCCACCAGCCCCCGCAGGACGAGUUUGGACAUGCUGGGUGCUCCCAAGUAGGACCCCACCCACGCUAGGCGCCUCCUUGGAAAGACAGAGGAGAGGGGAUCCCAGUCUUCACAGCCGCUCUACACCUGCAGGGAAUCGAGUGGCCCAACCUGGAUUGGGGUGGGAAUGUCAGAAAACAAGACAGUAACCUUUGGAGCCCUCAAGGAAGAGGGGCCUGCAAGUCUCGACUUUUGGGAUCCCGGUGGCAGAGGAGGCUGGGCACAAGAUGUUUAGCUUCCUUUUGGAUGCUGGUACCCGGAGGCUGCGGAAGACUGCUCUGGAUUCUGACCUCAGCUAUUUUUCACCCCACGGUGAAGGUGGGUCCAGGCCCGCCCCUCCCCAGCUUUUUAUAAGGGCCGAGGCCCCAGGACUCCAGGUUCACAUACCAUGGAGCUAUCCACGAGACAGGACACCUUCCUGCUGCUGGCCUUCACGCUGCUCUGCACCCUUGUGGGGCUUGGGUGCAGUCUAACCUGCGAAGUGUGUAAUGGCCCAGAGAAAACAUGCAGCGGGAAAAUGAGGCAGUGCGAGGACGGCAAGGACACGUGUGUGAUUAUCGUGAGCGAGUCCCACGAAAAGGGCCCUUAUGUGAGCACCGUCAAGACCUGCAUGAAGUCCAGAGACUGCCACUCAGGCUAUGUGUCCACCACCAUGGGACCCAAUAACUACAUGGUGACGAACACGCAUUGUUGCCAGAGGGAUGGCUGCAACAGUGGCUCCGUGCCCCCUCCCCAGUACAAUCGCACUGUGAAUGGCCUGUCAUGCCCCUCCUGCGUGGUGCCCUUCCGGGAUACAUGCGUGGCGACCGAGCUAGCCCAGUGUGUUGGCCAGGAAACACACUGCGUCUACUUGGCAGGCAGAGCAAAGGCUGGAAUCAUCAGUGCCAAGUUUGCCACUCGGGGCUGUGCCACGAAGAGUGCCUGCCACGCCAAGCCUGGGGCUGAGGUGCCCUCAGCCUCCUACUACUACUUUCUCAACCGGGCCGACUGCCAUGAAGCCUCCUUGCCCUAUGGCAGGGCUGAGUGAAGGACCAAGGAAUAUGUGUGGCCUGAGAUGCCCAUUUGUCCUCAGCCUGCAGCCCACCAUGUGCUUAUAAAUUAAAGUUAACAGAGCAAGCCUGA